AUGCCAUUCAUGGUGAGAGAUGGGAUCGUGCUGGGACAUAGGAUUUCAGAGAAGGGAAUCGAGGAGCGGACUAAAGCUUAUCACCUACCUGUGGAGCUAGAGUACAAGGCUGCGUGGGCAGUGAAGCAGAUGAACUAUGACAUGAAGUCUGCGGGAGAGAGGAGAAACAUGCAGUUGGUCGAGCUUGACGAGAUUAGGCACCUGGCCUAUGACAGUUCGAAGAUCUACAAGGAGCGGACUAAAGCUUAUCAUGACAAAAAGAUCCUGAAAAGGGACUUUUCCCAAGGAGAUCAAGUCCUGCUAUUCAACUCCAGGCUGAAGUUGUUCCCUGGAAAGCUGAAAUCAAGGUGGUCUGGGCCCUUUGUCAUCAAGGAAGUCAGACCAUAUGGAGCUUUUGAGCUAUGGGACAAGUCCGGUGGACAUUUCGUGGUGAACGGUCAACGCCUCAAGCCAUACCUUGCUGAUACCGACAUCACAGAGAGGGAAUCUAUUCCUCUCAGUGAUCCAUCUCCUGCCUGA